AUGCAGCACUCUACUGAACAGCUGUACGGGAGAGCGCGUCCAACAAUAAACAAAGGCGACGAUCGCGUGUUACAAUGCGGCGUGCGACAUACGGCGACAGACAACAAGCCUCAAGCGGGCGCUCGCGCGGACUGCGGCGCGACACCCGUGCGGACCGCGCGCUCUCCCCGGCCCCGCACUCUUUGCGUCGCUCCUGGUUCCCGUUCCCUUCAGUCUACACGGCUACAGACAGACGUCCUCUUUGCUCAUUCACUGACACUAACAAACAUUUACAAUAUCUGUUUACACAAUACAGCUUCCUGUGACCUAGCUGAAAACAGAGAUGAACAACUGUUGAACAAUGUAUCUAUCAUGAAAAACCAUAUUGUUCACUUGAGUAGAUGA